AUGCCGGCAGUGGUUCCUUCGCCACUUCCAACUCCGGUACCACCUCUGUCACCUUUAGAGCCAAAUCCUGAAUCUGAAUGUGUGACAGAUAUCGUCCCACAAAUACAGAACGUUGUUUCAACAUUUAACCUGAAAUGUAGCCUGAAACUGCGAGAUAUUGCUUCAAAAGCUAGAAAUGCUGAAUAUAAUCCAAAACGUUUUGCUGCGUUAAUUAUGAGGAUAAGAGACCCAAAAACUACAGCCUUAAUAUUUAGCUCCGGAAAGAUUGUUUGUGCAGGAGCUAAAAGCCCCGAACUAUCUCGUUUAGCAGCGAGAAAGCAUGCACGGAUUAUUCAAAAAUUGGGAUAUCCUGCAAAAUUCACCCAAUUUCAAAUUCAAAACAUCGUUGGUAGCUGUGACGUUAAAUUUCAUAUUAGCCUUGAAGGUUUGGUUGUAACGCACUCACACUUUUGUAGCUAUGAACCAGAGUUAUUUCCUGGUUUGAUUUAUCGGAUGGUUCAACCAAAAGUCGUUCUUUUGGUUUUUGUCUCAGGCAAAAUCGUUCUCACCGGAGCUAAAGUUGAGGAAGAUAUUCUUGAAGCAUUCAAGAAAAUUUAUCCAAUGCUAAGAGCAUUUAUGAAACCACAAAAGCCGUCUAAUGAUAACCAGCUUGUAAAAACUUAA